AGAUCUGAUUCAAAGUCUUCUGAAAUUUUUAUAUGUUUCUCCGAAUUGAAUCGUAUUUGAUUGAUUAAGUUGAACUGAAGAAAUCGGAGAGUGAGAAGAGAUGGAGGAGUAUCUACAGUAUAUGAAGACUCUCCGUUCUCAAAUGACUGAUGUGGAGGAUCACGCUGCUAAGGUCUCCGUCGAGGAGCAGAUGCAGGUUACAACAAUCAAUACCUUGGAGAAAGAUCUCGAGCAUGCAUUGUCUGAGACCAAGAGACUAAAAGAAGAAACGGAUCAGAAGACGAGGAAAAAAGGCGAAAUAUGCUCACAUAUACUUGAGAAUCAGAGAAAAAUUUCGUCGAUGGAAUCUGAUUCAGUAAAUCUUUCACAGAGCUUGGAGCUUAUUCUACAAGAACGAGACAGUUUAUCUACAAAAUUUGUAUCGAAACGUUCUAACUAUGUCAAGACGGCAGAAGAAGCUAGAACCAAACUUGAGGAGCAAAAGGGCUGGUUUAUCUCCCAUAUGAGCAAUGAAACUGGUCAACAAGGACAGAAAAAAGAGUCAAGGAAUGACCUGAUGGAACUAUCAGAUUCUGCUAGAGCAAAGCUUGAUCAAGCAAAACAGAUCAAAUCCAACCUUCUUCAGGAAAAUUCGAAGAUCAAGCUAUCAAUUGAGCAUGUGAAGCACAAGAUUAAUGAGUUUAAGGCAGAGUUAAUGUUGGUGGAUAUCAAGGUUCUAGAAGAGGAAUACACAGCUCUCUUGUCAGAUGAGUCUGGAGAGGCAGAGUAUCUAGGUUCGCUGCAGAGUCAGGCUGAGAAACUGAAGGGAAUUUCUUACAUUGCUAAAUGUGGUUGUGGAGAGGAAUACAGUGUUGGUCUAGAUUAGGCCAAAGUUAUACAUGCACUAUCACCAUUUCAGGUAUCUGUCAAAUUAUUAUCUGAAUAUGUGAACAAAUCGAGAACCAAAAGUAGCUUAAUGUGCUAGUUCUUUAGAAUCUGUGGUUAAUUGUUUAGUUUGUCGAGAGAUAGAACUAUCAUGCUGUCUUGUUGCAGUAUAUAAUGUUUUACAGUUGAAGAAAAUUCAAGCUCGUUCUGUUUAAGAUCUUAAAACUAAUAAAGAAAGAGUAGAAUU